AUGGCGAAGCCUGAGCUGGCUUUGGUUGCGGUGGCUGAGCCUGAGCCGGCUCUAGAUCACGAGAAGGCUGAGCUCGAACACCGGAAGCAGGUCCGGGUGAAGCUCCUGGGCCGGUUGCGUAAUGAUCGCAAGCUCAAGACCAUGGUGAUCCAGAAAAAGCGCUUCAUCCUGGACUGUGGCAGCAAGUCCUGCCAGGGCGACGUCAAGAUCAAUAUGGCAGUGCUGAAGCACGUGGCCGUGGCAUGGGCCAAGCACCGCUACAUUCUCACUUGUCCGAGGAUCAAGAGGAUUUUGCAGAAGGUCGCCUGGAAGGAUUGGCGUGCAGAUGUUUCGGAGGACCAGAUCCAGAAUGAUGCCGCUGCCAUCAAGCGCCUGCUUCUUUUCUUCAAGCGUGCCUUGCACUGCAGUUUCAAAGUUUCAGAAGCCUCAUUUGCAGUUGGAUCUAUUUAG